CUUCCCUUGGUUCAAACCAUCCUGGAAUCUAUCACCCCCAAUCACAACACCUACUAUUCCCUCCGACUCCGCUGAGGACAAAGGCCAUCCAGGCCCAUGGGAAUAUACAAGGACCAGGACUAGGACUAGCAGCAUCCAGACACCCCCCGGUCGUUUGGACCUACUAGAAGACUUCACCUUCUCGGACCCGUACCUCAUACACCUCACCUCACCUCACCUCGCCUCGACCGACCUUGCCCUACCUCGAGGAAAGCCAAAAACCUCUCGACUCUUUUUGUUCAUUCGUGCUCCCCGGGACCUCUGUCGAUCGUUCACUGUCGCUUCGUGAUCAUUGAAAUACAGCCUCCCCCGUCCAUUCCGUUGUGUUGCUCUCCUCCUACCACGAACUCCGUGCAUUAUUACGCGAGACACUUGCUAUAAUAAACAUAGCCAACGCGCACGCAGCAAGGCGCAGCAACGCUCAACCACCUCACAUAUCCUGGUCUCGCCUCUCUUCUAGACUUCAACCUCCGGAUCAGAUCAGCUUCCCAAUCCACGCCCCUACAUGCCACUACGCCAAGUGGCAUCACCACGUUCGACCAUUAGACGUCCGGAUGUCGUUGGUUUGACCCCAGUCACUCUGAGACUCGCAGCCUGAGACGCCACCUCCGCCGCAAAUGUUUCGCAACCGGCGCAAUACCCAGAAACCCGAUGAGCAGUUGUACGAGGCCUUCAAGCAGACCUUUCCCGACGUUGGCCCUGGAUCAACCUCGUCAGCUGUUCAAGGGAAGGGGGGACCUAUCCGCCGAUCGUCCACUCUAAGCGAGGCGAUUAUCGACGAACCACCCACCACUCAACCAGGCUUCGACACUCAAUCCGAAGCAAAAGAACAGGAUGCUACACCCAAACCAUUCACUGACACCUGGAGAUUCACGCCCUCUAUCAUGGACCCCAACUCUUUCGCCUUUUCAGCCUUUGCCAACCAGCCGCCAGGGUAUUACACACCCACGCCGGGUGGCUUUGGCACCCUCUACCAUCCCCAAGCCGGUGACCUCCACACGCCGGGCAUGGGAAUGAAUACGCCAUUGUCAAUGCCGCACUCGAUUCAUAGCCUCCAUGCGCAGGAUCCCAUGAUGCAUCUCCAGCACUUCAACCCUCACCUCUUACAACAACAUCAAAUGUUUCACGACCCGUUCCAGCAGCAAGCACCCCUGAAUGUGCCACCACCACCACCGCAACCACAGACCUUUGCACCUCAGCAGUUUCUUCAGCAUCAGGAUUCUGGCUACGUCGCAAUGGACGACACCCCGCAGAAGACCACGCCAACACAGGCCGAGAUAGGUCAGCAACAGUUGAGCAGGGGCCGCUCUAUGCAGCAGUCUAUGCCUGGCGUUGUUGGAAUGACCAGUCUUCCAAUGGGCGAGCAGUUUCGAUUCCACACUACGUUGAAUGCACCUACAGCGAUGGUUCGACAUGCAGACGAGAUUCCCAUCACAUACCUCAACAAAGGCCAAGCUUAUACGAUGGCCAUUUGGGACCAGACCCCACCCAUGACACAGCUUCCUGGACAAACACCGUUCCAGUACCGCACCUAUGUCCGAGUUUCUUUCGAGGAUGAGCAACAGCGAGCACGGCCCGGGUCCUGUUGGCAAUUAUGGAAAGAAGGUCGCGGCUCAAACGAGGCUCAUCAGCGCGGAGGAAGGCUCCUUGCAGUAGAAUACGUCGAGCCCGAUUCGGGCGACGACGAACUGCGGAGAGCUCAGGUCCAACUUGAAAAGGCGUCUUUCGACGGCUUUGCUGUGACUUGGUUUCCCAACUCUGUAAAUGGUGGCCCCGACUGCACUUUGUCCCUUCGCUUCAAUUUCCUUUCGACAGACUUUAGUCACUCCAAGGGCGUCAAAGGCAUUCCGGUUCGACUGUGCGCGAAAACGGAGAUCCUCACACCGGCAGGUCCCAGUCAAGAGCCAGAAGUGUGCUUCUCCAAAGUCAAGCUGUUCCGAGAUCAUGGCGCAGAGAGAAAGCUUUCGAAUGACGUCGCACACGUGAAGAAGACAAUCGAGAAAUUGAAGCAACAAAUCGCUCAAGCCGAGGCGGGUUUAGCAAAUUCUGGAAAGAGGAGGAGAAGCGGAUCCAUAGCCAAACCUUCCGGGUCUCGACCAGGCAAAGUCAUGAAGCACAAGCGCACUUGGUCAGUGGACUCUGAGAGCGAGGGCCUCAAAUUCUCGGCUGAAGAAGACCUUCAAAUCAAGCUGGUCAGCAUGCAGGAUAUGUUCUCUUCGACGAAACCGAUCAGCGUGCUCUUCCUCCGAGGAGAUCCAGAGGACGACCCGGACCUGCAUCCAGUCAAACUACCAGGGGACGAUCCUGACAUGAAGGAGAUCGUGAGGACAACAACUUGGGAGUCACGCCCAAGUGUCUCAAAUUCGCCCACAUCCAAUGCCGAUUCUCCAAGCUCGAGCUCAGCAUCCCAGGCUACUCCAAAGAGGAGAUUCUCACAACUGCAACAGUCGGCGAUCCAAGAAGAGGGUGAAAGCGAGGCUGAAAACAAGCCAAGCGCCUCGACGUCGAAGGCCAUCAAGAUACCAAAGACGGAGCCUGAAUCGGCAUCGAAGAAAGAUUUGUUCGCCGUCGAUGUGGACAGUGAUUACCAUCCACCAAUCGAGAAACCAAUUCGACCAGUGGCAUGUUUCUACGUGCGCCAGAAAGAUGCAGCCAAAGAAUACUAUCGGGCGGUCUAUCUGAUGCAAAGAACAGUCAAAGAUUUAAUUAAUGGCAUCUCGGAGAAAUUCAACAUAGAUCCUCACCGGGUCACCCAAGUGACACACAUCAACUCUCGAGGACUGCACAUCAUUGUCGACGAAGACGUGGUCCGAGAGCUUCCUGAAGGACAGGAUAUGAUUGUCGAAUUCGCCCCAACCCAAGCCGAUCUAUCACUGAAACAAGAAUUCGUGGCACCGUCCAGCACCGAAGUCAUGGUGGACGGUGAGAUUGGGCCCACCGACACGUCCAUUCUGGAUCCUCUGGAGAUGUGGUUGAAUUAUUGACCUAUUGACCGACGAAUGCGCGCAACUUUUACAAUCAAUCCCUCGAAGUUUGAUUUUGCUAUUUGUUAAUUUACUUAUUUUCCAUCACGAACACGACGACUUUCCUACGGCAUAUUCCAAUCUACUACAAGAAGAUUCUGGCUUUGCUUUGUCAAUAAGCCAGUGCUAUACUAUUUGAUACCCCGAAUGGCGCGAGGCCAUACCAGUUGCAACACGGCAGCACAGCUGGGUUUUUUGUCAUUUGUUUCACCUCGGACGGGUCUGUACAUUGAUUUCAGCGACAAAGAAGGUGGUGGAAAAGAGGAGGAGGUAUCUUGCGAAGUUUUUUUUUGGUUGGGCUUCCCUUCAAAGGACACACUUCUUACUACAACCCCGAGGGGUUUUUUCUUUUCAGUACACACGACAGGACGACUGAAUGACGGGAUGAUACACGGGUCCCUGAACCAAAGAUCCGCCUUAUUCAUUUUGACGAGAUACAUGAACUUUCGAGAUACCCACAUUGUCAGAAAACUAUCCUUUUUUUUCCUUCUCUAUUUUGUGAAGAGGUGGCAACAAAGAUCAAUCAAUGUGUCGACCAUCUAAUUUUG